UAAAAGCACCCCCAGGGCCCCGCCAGGGUCAGUGUGUCCACCACAGCGGCUUCACCAUGCACAGCUGGGGGCGCCUGGCGGUUCUGGUCCUCCUAGGAGUGGUGGCCUGCGGUAAGGGGUCCUGGGCCUGGGCGGCGCAGCCCCGCGGUCGGAUCUUGGGCGGCAGCGAGGCCGAGGCCCACGGGCGGCCCUACAUGGCGUCGGUGCAGGUGAACGGCGCGCACCGGUGCGGCGGCGUCCUGGUGGCGGAGCAGUGGGUGCUGAGCGCGGCGCACUGCCUGGAGGACGCGGCCGACGAGAAGGUGCAGGUGCUGCUGGGCGCGCACUCCCUGUCGCAGCCGGAGCCCUCCAAGCGCCUGCAUGACGUGCUCCGCGCGGUGCCCCACCCGGACAGCCGGCCCGGCUCCAUCGACCACGACCUCCUCCUGCUGCAGCUGUCUGAGAAGGCCGUGCUGGGCACCGCCGUGCGCCCCGUGCCCUGGCAGCGCGUGGACCGCGACGUGGCGCCGGGUACCCUCUGCGACGCGGCCGGCUGGGGCACCGUCAGCCACGCGGGCAGCCGGCCCGACCGCCUGCAGCACGUGCUCCUGCCGGUGAUGGACCGCGCCACGUGCAACCGGCGCACGCACCACGACGGCGCCAUCACCCAGAGCCUGAUGUGCGCGGAGAGCAACCGCCGGGACACCUGCAAGGGCGAUUCCGGGGGCCCGCUGGUGUGCGGGGGCGUGCUCGAGGGCAUAGUCACCUCUGGCUCCCGCGUUUGCGGCAACCGGAAGAAGCCCGGGAUCUACACGCGCGUGGCGAGCUAUGUGGCCUGGAUCAACAGCGUCCUGGCCUAGGGCAUAGGGCCUGCGGGUCAGGGUCACCCCAACAAUAAAGUCCGCAACAAUAAAGUUAUCCACUCCUGCA